GCGGAGGGGUGUGCGCUGGCCUCCGGCCCGGGGCUCCGCGCCAGCCCUUGGCCUCGACGCCGGUGCCGGCCGCGCACGCAGGUGUCUGCGAGCUUCUCCUCCACGCCAGCCAUCGCCUCGCUGCCGCCUGCAAAUGCUCAGCUUCUUCUGGCUGAGGUGUCUCUUAAAAAUGGUCAAGGAGAAUAUUGUAAUCCCUGAAGAGAUCUUGAGCUUCUGUUGCAAUGGCUUCCAGGGCUCCACCUCUCCACCGUGUUCCCAGGACCCAGGGGAGCGGGAGGAGGCAGCGGGGGCCAUGGCGAGCCCUUCUCAUCCCCGCAACCCCACCGAGGUGCAGAUGAGCCAGCUGGUGCUGCCGUGCCACACCAACCACCGCGGCGAGCUCAGCAUCGGCCAGCUGCUCAAGUGGAUCGACACGGCCGCCUGCCUCUCCGCUGAGAGACACGCUGGCUGCCCGUGCGUCACAGCUUCCAUGGAUGACAUCUAUUUUGAGCAUACCAUUAGCGUUGGGCAGGUUGUCAACAUCAAAGCCAAAGUGAACCGAGCCUUUAACUCCAGCAUGGAGGUGGGCAUCCAGGUGAGCUACGAGGACCUGUGCAGCGGGAAGCACUACAGCAUCUGCAAGGCGUACGCCACCUUCGUGGCACACAGCUCCUCCGGCAACAAGGUGACGCUGAAGCCGCUGAUCCCGCAGACAGAGGAGGAGAAGAUAGAGCACAGCAUCGCUGCCGAGCGCCGCCGCAUGCGCCUGGUCCACAAGGACACCCUCAAGGACCUCCUCACCCGCAGCCCACGUGAAACUGAGCUGGAGACACGGGAUGGCAGCGUGGCUGUGCCAGCAGAGAAGACACGGGUGGAGAGCGUGGAGCUGGUGCUGCCUCCACACGCCAACCAUCAGGGCAACACCUUUGGAGGGCAGAUCAUGGCCUGGAUGGAGAACGUGGCCACCAUCGCAGCCAGCCGUCUGUGCCAUGCCCACCCCACGCUGCGGGCCAUCGAGAUGUUCCACUUUCGGGGGCCAUCGCAAGUCGGGGACCGCCUGGUGCUCAAAGCCAUCGUCAACAAUGCCUUCAAAAACAGCAUGGAGGUGGGGGUCUGCGCCGAGGCGUACGGCCAGGAGAUGUCCAUCAGCCACAGGCACAUCAACAGCGCCUUCAUGACCUUCGUGGUGCUGGACCAGGAGGGGCGGCCCCGCACCCUGCCCAUGCUGGCACCCGAGCAGGGGGAUGGAGAGAGGAGGUACAGAGAAGCCAGUGCUAGGAAAAAGAUUCGGCUGGACCGAAAAUAUGUGGUCUCCUGCAAACAGACCGAAGUGCCGCUAUCUGUGCCCUGGGACCAAAGCAACAAGGUUUAUCUGAGCUACAACAAUGUCUCUGCACUGAAGAUGCUCGUGGCCAAAGCGAACUGGGCACUGGCCAGAGAAAAGGAGAAGGUGCAGAUGUACACACUGGAGGAGGACAAGUUCCUCUCCUUCCGCAUCGAGAUGUCCGUCCGCAUCGCUGCUUCCCAAGCCUUCUCCCUGCUCUCCGACCUGCGGCGCCGGCACGAGUGGGACAGCCACUACCUGAGCGCCGAGCUGGUCCAGCAAGUAGACGAUGACGACGUGAUCUACCACGUGGUGAGCCAGACACUCAGCUCCGAGAACAAGCUGCAGGACUUUGUCAUCCUGGCAUCCCGACGGAAACCCUGCGGCAAGGGGGACCCCUAUGUGGUGGCCUUUCGGUCGGUGACGCUGCCCACCCACCCUGCCACUGCCGGCUUCACGCGGGGUGAGACCAUCUGUUCGGGGUUCUGCAUAUGGCCGGAGUCAGAGGAGAUGAGCAAGGUGGCUUACUACAACCAAGCGACACCGGGGUACCUCAACUACGUGACCACCAACGUGGCAGGGCUCUCCUCCGACUUCUGUGCCACGUUUGAAGCCUGUGAGAAGUUCCUGCUGAAGAACAAGGAGGAUGACCUGAUCGUGCGGCUGCAGAGCCUCUAGAGCCAGGGCGCUGAUGGAUGCAUGGAUGGAUGGAUGGAUGGAUGGACCAGGGGGCACUUCCGUGGUGCAUGGAGAUGUGGGAUGGUGGUGCCUGGACCCUGCCUCCCCAAGCGAGGUCCCAGGUUACGGGGUGGAGGAGCAUCACUGCGCCGCCUCGUCCAUUGCACUGACCUGUCAUCUCUUUUCUCUCUCCUUCUUUUUUUUGUACGUAGAUGUUUUAUAAGCUGAUGUACAGGACUUGGUUUUCUAGUUCACUCAACGCUACUUGAAUCUUUACAUGAUCCAACGUCUUCCUAAAA